CUACGAUUGGGAUGAGACAGGGCAGGCAUAGCUAUAUACGAGUAAGGAGCAAGAUGGCAGCUUCCUUCAGUACGAAUACUUCGAAUAUGAUGACGCUAAAGAGAUUCAUGCUGAGGCAAGAAGUUCUCAAACUGUAUCGAGAUACUCUGCGAACGAUACGUGCUGUUGGUGACGAGCGGCAAAGAAAGGAGCUGCAGGUUUGGGCGAGACAUGAUUUUGACAGCAACAAGCACGUUACAGAGGAGGAUGCUAUCAAGAUGCACAUCGCCCGGGGAAAACUGGCACUCAAGGAACUCCAGUCAUCUGUACAUCUUUCAAAGUAGCUGCGUAGUUCAUAGAACUUUCCCUUAUUCAGUCAAAGGCUCACCCAUAUCAUAAUAAAAGUUAUUUCUUUCAUUGCUUA